UAAAGUAGUGUCAGAUUGCAUUAAUUCUGCAGUGCUGAUGCAUGUAGCCUGUGUUUCAAUCUUGGGAGAAGUAUGGGAUAUAAAACAACAACAACAUAAUCUUCAUCAGUUUAUAGGCAGAGGUGGGCCAAGACAUUUUUCUGCAUGAAUUAGGAGAUAAGAAGCCUUUCCUUCCUCAACCUUCUAGGUUCAAAAGCUAAGCAUCCUAACAGUUCACUUUCUCAUUUCAGUUGAAUAAUAUCCUCUUCUGCUUCUGAAGCAGUAGAUAUGUUGGAACUCAAUCACACUUGGAAGAUAGACUUCAGUGUUGGAAAUGAACCAUGUAUUUGUCUUGAGGGAUAGCCCAUCCAUUACUUUUAUUAGAGGGUGCUGAUUUCCCCCAAUCAUUUGCUGUUCCAGAAUUCUCCAUACCAGAAUUGACGUCGCUUCUUCACACACUUUAAAAAUGCUUUAUCUCAUUGGACUUGGGCUUGGAGAUACCAAAGAUAUUACAGUAAAAGGUCUGGAGGUAAUAAAACAGUGUAGUCGAGUAUACCUGGAAGCCUACACUUCGAUCCUCACUGUUGGAAAGGAAGCAUUGGAGGAAUUCUAUGGCAAAGAACUGAUUCUUGCAGACCGAGAAAUUGUAGAGCAAGAAGCAGAUACAAUCUUGAAAGAUGCCCAUCAAUGUGACGUGGCUUUUCUUGUAGUGGGAGAUCCUUUUGGGGCAACUACACACAGCGACCUUGUUCUCCGGGCAGUCAAGCUUGGAAUUCCCUACCGAGUCAUCCACAAUGCCUCUAUCCUGAAUGCUGUCGGCUGCUGUGGCUUACAGCUCUACAAUUUUGGAGAAACAGUUUCUAUAGUUUUCUGGACAGAUACAUGGAAACCUGAGAGCUUUUUUGACAAGAUUGCAAAAAACAGAAGAAACGGGAUGCACACUCUCUGCUUACUUGACAUUAAAGUCAAGGAGCAAUCUGUGGAGAAUCUCAUAAGGGGGAAGAAGAUCUAUGAACCGCCACGGUACAUGACUGUAAAUCAAGCAGCAGAGCAACUUCUUGCUGUUGUCCAAAAUCGGCAACUGCAGGGGGAAGACCCAGAAGUUACAGAAAAUACAGUGUGUGUCGGCUUAGCAAGAGUGGGUGGAGCAGACCAAAAGAUUGCUUCAGGUACUCUACAGCAAAUGACUACAGUAGUACUAGGUGACCCUCUGCACUCGCUGAUCAUAACUGGAACUUUACAUCCACUGGAGGUAGACAUGCUGAAACUCUUUGCUGUAGAUAAAUCGAUCUUUGAACAUUGCUGAAUAAAAAGCUGUCUACGCAUGGGAUAUGAA